GCCUUUUGCCCUUUGCGCAUAACGGAAAUUUCGUGUGCGACGCUGUGUUGACCGGAAUCCCGUUGGGCUUCUUCUACGCCAGAGAAGCCAGAAAAACCUGCCAUCUCCAAGACAAGCAUCCCCCUUUUCUUGGGUCAACAAGUGCUUCGUAGAACCUGCGUAGACGGGUUGGCGAGGGUUGCAUUGACCGGAGAAAUACAAUCAUACCCCCAGUUAUUUCAGCCGCAAUCUGGGGAAAGAAAGCCAACGGCCAAAUCCAAUCUGGCAAUAUUCGCCGCCCUCACAAUCUCUGUCAACAAGUCGCUCUGGUCACUAGAUCAUCCAGAUCUUACCUGCGCCUGCACCUCGACGACCAUUUCCAGCCAGGACAGCCCUUGAUCACGAGAUUAUUAAUAGGGAGAGGGGCAACCGAGGAAGACUGGGCUGGGGGGGAAAAGCUGAAGUGACAGCAUCGACCAGGGCAUCUAUCAUCCCACCUCAUCUCAACGUCAAGUCAUUCGCUUUCCGGCAUCACCUAGGAUCUCUCCAUCUUGACGCCACAUCUUGAGUAUUCACUUUGGCCACCAGGGAUCACUUGUCUCAAGGUUCUCUAUAAGCGUCAAUUCUCCGCGAGUGCCACCCUUCUUGAAGGGCGCCUGUACAAGGCUUCGAACCCCCCCUCUUGAUAGAGCUUUUCUAGCUGAGUUGCACUGCGUCAUCCCCCAGCAUACCUGAUUUAUCAUUAUCCGUCAUAUACGAGACGCCAGGUACAAUUCGACACCGACGACAAUCAAAGAUCUGUGUUGCUGAAACAGAAAACAACGCCUUAUCUGGUAUCCGUUCCGUGGAUCCGGAUUGAAACUUGCGAAAUCAUCCGAGCGCCCAGCGAUUCGAUUUGAUUGACAACAGAACGCUGUUCAAAAGCCCCCAAUUCAGCAAGACGGGCUUUCCUGUCAAGAAAGCCUCCAUCUUGGCAAUUUACUUGCACAGCUCACAACUUCUGAACUCACUACGCACCACACGCCUUGCAAUAAACAACGCAAUAAACCCACCACCAGACAGAGUUGGUCGCCUGUUUUUCCUCCAUUAUCUGGUGUUCCCAGCCCCUGGUUGGGAAUAUCAUCACACAGCCUAGACUGUAAUACCCUUCACCGAGUCGACAUUCCUCUUCUCUUACCGGUCCUCUAGCUGCAUGAAUCAUCACUCAGGAUUUUCGCACCGCAUAUUGCCCGCCAAGACGACACCUUACGUUUCUCUUAAAGUCCAGACGCUCCUGCUAAAGUUAAUUUCACAAAGAUUGGAAGCGUAUCUAUGAACUUGGUCUUGGCGACUUGAGAGAACCACCAAAUUUGUGCUGAGCCCCAACAGAAGCAGCGAGUUCUCUACGCUCGCUUCGGUCGACUUUAGAAUAUCUAUGUUUUGCGCAUAUAGGAGUCAACCUGUGGCUCUCUUGACGCCCGAUCACCAUUAUCGCGGUAUGAGUGACAAAGUGUCUUCAUCGCCAAAGCGGCAUAGAGGGGAAAGCAUUCCGGUCAGGUCGGCCGUUAUAUCAGAACCAUCACAGGAAGAUAUCGAUCUUGCUCAGCAACUGAUAGGUCAUGCCCAAGGAAAUGGAGGAGAGCCUCGGAAUUCUCAUUCGAGAAGUCAUCUUUCGUCACCUUCAAAUUCUCCUACGCCAGAUGCACCAAGUCCGUCGAAUUCUUUGAGCAGAAAUCAGAGAGAGCAAUCUCAGACUCCGCAAUCUUACCCGCCUGUGAAUCCUACUCAAUCGGAUCCAAUUCCUGCCGGCCAAGUGUGCAGGUAAUAAGAUAAAUUUCCCUUGAUGGAAAUCAUAACUGAUCAAUAACAGUAACUGCGGUACAAGUCGAACACCCCUUUGGAGACGUUCACCUCAAGGAGCCACAAUUUGCAAUGCCUGCGGUCUCUAUUUAAAAGCGCGAAACGCAUCAAGACCAACAAAUUUAAAACGCUCACCCUCACUUGUCCCUCCCUCACAGCGCACUCCAGAACCCGGCCGCGCCUCACCCACACCCACAUCCGCAUCAUCAAACGCCUCAUGCUCCAGUGCCGCCGCAGGAGCAACAUACGUAGCAGCUGACCAAACAUCCAACGGCUCCUGUCCCGGCGGUGGGAAAUGCAAUGGCACAGGUGGUGCGGAAGGAUGUAGUGGCUGUCCAGCGUUCAACAACCGAGUUUCUAAGAGUGCACAUUUCUCAGUGGCGCAGGAUCGAUCGGCUUCCAACUUCACCACCUCUAGAGAAAAUGAGGGUCCCAAUGAUGCGCCAAGUCCCAUCGAUGUUGCUUCGUUGAAUCUUCAGCCGCAGAACACCACGGUGGUGGUAGCGUGCCAGAAUUGUGGGACCACUAUUACGCCGCUUUGGAGAAGGGAUGCUGGGGGUCAUACGAUUUGCAAUGCUUGUGGUACGUACUAACGACGCCGUAAACGUCCCCAACGGUAACAUUAAUUUGUCGAAUAGGAUUGUACUAUAAACUUCAUGGCGUCCACCGUCCCGUAACAAUGAAAAAGUCCGUCAUCAAACGCCGAAAACGCGUCAUGCCAGCUUCACAAACCGAUCAAGCCCUGCCCAUAGAUGCAACCAGUAACUCCAUGGAUUCUCCCGAGUCAGAUCGUCCAUCUCCAGAGAUCGAUAUGAGGGGCUCCAUGAAUCCUGACGGUUCAAUGAAUCUAGGAUUUCGAAAUCGAGAAAAACAGUUACCGCAACCUUCCAGCUCUGCACAACUCCCUUCGCGUGACCUGCUGGCGUAUGCCUCUUCCUCUUCAAAUUACCAAGGACAGGGUAUGGGCGAUAGUCUAAACAAUGAAAAUCGACUCCCGCCAAUGGCCUCAUACCCCUUCCCCACGCAAGGCGGUCUUGCCCUAUCCUCUAAUGCUUAUCUUUCACCUUCACAGAAGCGAUCGUUCUCGUCCCUGGAUAUGGAGGAACGCGAUGCUGGGGAGAGGGAGAGGGAGAAUACGCAGCCCAAGCGGUUGAGUAGUAUCAAAUCUAUACUUAAUCCUGGGAACGAUGAUGAUGAUGCGAGGUUUUCGGCUGUGGGGAAUAGCUAUGCUUCAAUGGGAGGGAGUAGUAGUGGGGCAACCAGUGCAAGAGACUCCCAGAGUGAAAAGGAGAGGGCGAAGAUUGAGAGGAGAGAGAUGUUGCAGGCGGAGGCGAGGAGGAUGAGGGAAGCGUUGUUGGUGAAAGAACGGGAGUUGGAGGAGAUGGGGGAGUGACGGCUGCGAGGUUGCAUUGGGUCGACUUGAUUUUUUCGGAGGUCGUUAGCGAGCGGGUUUAACGCGAACAUGAUUUUAUGGACGAUGCAUUAUGGACUAGA